CGAUCAAAAUCAGUGCAGUCUAUGAGAAAAUGUGGUCAUACAUGAAAUCGGCCGAACCGUCAGUGUUUGUCAAGACCACGCCAGACGGGGUGGCCCGGGUACGAAAGUCCAAGGGCAAGUUUGCUUUCCUCCUGGAGUCCACCAUGAACGAGUACAUAGAGCAGAGGAAACCCUGCGACACCAUGAAAGUGGGCGGAAACCUCGACUCAAAAGGAUACGGUGUGGCCACACCCAAAGGCUCAGCAUUAAGAAAUGCUGUUAACCUGGCAGUGUUAAAACUGAAUGAGCAAGGCCUGUUGGACAAAUUGAAAAACAAAUGGUGGUACGACAAGGGAGAGUGCGGCAGCGGGGGAGGUGACUCCAAGGACAAGACAAGUGCUCUCAGCCUGAGCAAUGUGGCUGGAGUCUUCUAUAUUCUGGUUGGAGGGCUGGGGCUGGCCAUGAUGGUGGCUCUGAUUGAGUUCUGUUACAAAUCGCGUGCAGAAACCAAACGGCUCAAACUAGCAAAGAAUGCUGAGAAAUUGAAGCCAGCUCCCCCGACCAACCCCCAGAACUUUGCCACGUACAGAGAAGGCUACAACGUGUAUGGGACAGAGAGCGUUAAGAUCUAAGGGUAUCGGGCGCUUCAGCUAGACCAGGUACGGUACCCCUUACCAACGACUGUGACCACUGACCCCAUGAUGAAACGACAUGAUCCCGUCGGGAUGGGGGUUUCCUCAACUGCAGCUAAAUCCUCUCCUGGCGGCAAAUGGCGACGAUAAUCUGCAAUGAAGACAUGACAGGACUGGUGACGUGAAGAACUUAAAUCGGUUUACUCCAGUGCCUUAUGUAUGAAACACUCAGAGACUCACAGAAUUAAUAGAACAAUGCAACUAAUCACAACUCACAAACACACAAGCAACUAAACAGAUGCUCAGAGACUCACAGAAUUAAUAGAACAAUGCAACUAAUCACAACUCACAAACACACAAACUACUAAACAGACGCUCAGAGACUCACAGAAUUACUUAGAACAAUGCAACUAAUCACAACUCACAAACACACAAACAACUAAACAACUAAACAGACAAACAGAAAGACAGGAUUGUUUUAUGUAUUUGAGAUGCUGUAACGAACUAAGAAGACAAAAGAGAGAGAGAGAUACCUAAAGCCAUCACUUGCACCCCAAGCACAUUUCCAAGUGCCCGUACAGAAAAUGAAUACGAUACUACAGAUGAUAAAUUGUUUUUUUCUGCUAAGGGAAUUUGAUCAGAUUAUCCUAAUUAUUCUUGCAGGCCAGGUUUUUACUGGUUAAAUGUGUUUUAAAAUACGUUUAUUGUAGGCACUGUACAGUAAGUCACUUAUUAUUAGACGAUAGCUUGUUAUAUUGCUGUGACCUUGGAAUUGUUUUGAACGAUGAAUCAAUUGGUUAAAUAUGCUGGAGCAAAAAUUAUAUUGUAUUGUUGUUGUCCACGACUCUGAGACCAGGCACUGGUAGUGCAUCUGAAAUGGCCCCUUAUGCCCUAUGUAGUGCACUACUUCUGACUAGAGCCUCUGGUCAAAAGUAGUGCACUAUAUAGGGAAUAGAAUGUCAUUCUGGACGUACACACAGGGACUCUUGAAAGAGAUGAAUGUGAGAUGCAGCAUUUGGCUUUACACAACUUAAAACAGACCAUCUCACAAUCCCAAUAUACUGCCAACAGGGUUAAUUAAAGAAUGCAGAGGACUGUCUGAGCAGGUUUCAUAGUUGAGUACCUCUCCCAGUGUGUUUUAUGGUGUGUAGAAUAUGAAGAGAAAACUAACUCACACGGUGUCGCUCCAAAAUAGGCUGCUUGUAACUGGAUGUUCAUGUAACCUAAAAUCAUUCAAGUCUUCUGUACAAGCAACUAAAACCAAACCAAAUGGGACAUU